UACCCCCUGAAACCUGAAUAACGGCGAAGGAAGGGAUAUUUCUCAUCUGCGCUUGAUUUUUUUUUUAAUAAAUUAAAGGAUAAUAGAAUAAGAAAAAGAAGAGGAGAGAAAUCAGAACAUCUACUGGGAUUGUAGCAGCAGUCUUGUUGAAGAUGAUCCACAGUUUGUUCCUGGUGAACUCCACGGGAGAUAUCUUCCUGGAGAAGCACUGGAAGAGUGUGGUGAGCCGCUCGGUGUGCGAUUACUUCUUCGAGGCGCAGGAGCGCGCCAGCGAGCCGGAGAACGUUCCGCCGGUGAUCCCCACGCCGCACCACUACCUCAUCAAUGUGCUCCGACAUCGCAUCUACUUCGUGGCUGUGAUCCAGAGCGAGGUUCCUCCUCUGUUUGUCAUCGAGUUCUUGCACCGUGUCGUCGAUACGUUUCAGGACUAUUUUGGUGUGUGCACCGAGGCGGCCAUUAAAGACAACGUGGUGGUGGUGUACGAGCUGCUGGAGGAGAUGCUGGAUAACGGCUUCCCCCUGGCCACCGAGUCCAACAUCCUGAAAGAGCUGAUUAAACCUCCCACCAUCCUGCGCACCGUCGUCAACACCAUCACAGGAAGCACUAAUGUUGGAGAGCAGCUUCCUACCGGUCAGCUCUCGGUGGUGCCAUGGAGACGUACUGGAGUCAAAUACACCAACAACGAGGCUUACUUUGACGUGGUGGAAGAGAUUGAUGCCAUCAUCGACAAGUCAGGUUCUACGAUCACGGCAGAGAUUCAGGGUGUGAUCGAUGCCUGUGUGAAGCUGACAGGAAUGCCAGAUCUCACUCUGUCUUUUAUGAAUCCCCGGCUUCUGGACGAUGUGAGUUUCCACCCAUGUGUCCGCUUUAAACGUUGGGAAGCUGAGCGAAUUCUGUCCUUCAUCCCUCCGGACGGAAACUUCCGGCUGCUCUCCUACCACGUCAGCUCUCAGAAUUUGGUUGCCAUCCCGGUCUAUGUCAAGCACAAUAUCUCCUUCCGUGAGGGAAGCUCUCAGGGCCGCUUUGACCUCACUCUCGGCCCCAAACAGACCAUGGGGAAGGUCGUGGAGUCGGUGUUGGUGAGCAGUCAGCUCCCACGCAGCGUCCUCAACGCCAGCCUUAACCCUUCACAGGGUACCUACACCUUCGACCCUGUCACCAAGCUCCUGUCGUGGGACGUUGGGAAGAUCAACCCUCAGAAGCUGCCUAGUCUGAAGGGCACCAUGUGUCUGCAGGCCGGAGCUUCCAAACCAGAUGAGAAUCCAACCAUCAACAUCCAGUUUAAGAUCCAGCAGAUGGCCAUCUCAGGUCUGAAGGUAAAUCGGUUGGACAUGUACGGCGAGAAAUACAAACCGUUCAAAGGCAUCAAGUACAUGACCAAGGCGGGGAAAUUCCAGGUGCGGACCUAGAGGCUGACCUCCUCUCCAGCUUCCAGCUGUCUCCAGCGACAGCGAACGCACAGCAGGACGUCACGGCUUGGAGGGGGGGCUUGGAAACGGAGGAUGUGUGUAUGGGGUUGAUUUAAGUGGGAGCAAAUUUUUCAGGAUUUAAAGGAAUUCUUUGGUGAAAAUGCUGAUAACACUAUCUGAGCGCCGGUGGUUACACGUCAUUCUUAUAUGUAAUGGCAACAUUAGCAUUCCUCAGGUGAAAGUAUUCCUUUAAACGUAGCCACUGUUCUGUCGUGUGGAUGAAGGAAGCAUGCUCGCCGUGUAUAGAGUCUGAAGACCACACCGAUCUUCCUAGCGCUCGUAGCUUUAAUAAUUACAACCCAACAAAUUUGCUCCGUCUGCAGACUUCCUACGUAUUAUGCAUUACAUCGUCGUAAGAUGUUAAGACGUCCUGCUAUUCUUUUAUUGUGUCUUAUUGUAUCAGUUUAUUUAUUUUUUUCUCUUUCACUCACUCGGUUUGUCGUGGAAUUGUCUAUUUUGUUUAUUGAAAGCUUUAAUUAUCAGGAUAAAAGAUGGCAGCCGUGUUCCCGAUACGAUGUGGAAACCUACAUGAGAACUAUAAUAACGGGGAAACGUUUACAGUUAACUGAUUGAAAUCUAGCGCAUGCCGUCGUAACCCUGCCCUGGUAUUGAUCCUGCACUUAGCUCUCCAUUUUACUAAUGGCUUCACUGCUGAGACGCUACCAUUACUAAUCCCACAUCAGUGCUGUAUCCCCAACCACAUUACCCCUUAACUGUAUACAGUUCACAAGCACAUCAUCUGGACGGAUCUGUUACGCACACACACACACACAC